GCGGUAGGAAGCGUUAAAUGUGCGUGGAAAAUGUCGAAUCCGGGCGGUAGCAGGAGGAACGGGGCCAUGAAGAUUCGUUUGACGAUUUUAUGUGCCCGUAAUCUUGCCAGAAAAGAUCUGUUUCGCCUUCCGGAUCCUUUUGCUAAAAUAACUGUUGAUGGUUCGGGUCAAUGUCAUAGCACUCAUACGUGUAAGGCAACUUUAGAUCCCAUGUGGAAUCAACAUUAUGACUUAUACAUUGGCAAGGAUGAUGGCAUUACUAUAUCAGUAUGGAACCAUAAAAAGAUUCAUAAAAAGAAAGGUGGAGGAUUUUUGGGAUGUGUAAGAAUAUUAUCCAAUACAAUUCAAAGACUCAAGGAUACAGGAUAUCAGAGAUUAGAUCUCUGCAAAGCACAUUCAGAUGAUACAGAUGUAGUUAAAGGAGAAGUUGUUGUAUCUCUUUUAUCGCGAGAUGGUCAUAAUGGUGCUGUGAGCAAUACAGUAGGUCAUAAUGCUGUUGUUGAUGUACUUGGAGAUCUAAGUUGUCCAACUGAUUUACCAGAUGGAUGGGAAGAAAGAAGAACUCCGAAUGGACGACUUUAUUACGUUAAUCAUUAUACGAGAACUACACAGUGGAUUCGUCCAAAUGCGCGACCUAAUAAUGGUAUUAUACCUACUACACCUGAACCACCACCGUUACCUUCUUCUGAACCUACUUCUCCCAGUGGCAGUGGAAGUCCUCCUAAUAUAAGACCUGAAAGUCCUACUAGAUGUACACCCGAAUGGAAUGGAGAUGGAACGCCUAGUAGAACGCCUAGUAGAGAUAGUUCUGCCCCAAAUACACCGAGAAAUACACCAACUCAACAGCAAAACAGAAAUCAACACAAUGCAAGAAAUAUAACGCCAGCAUCGUCAAGAGAACGACGACCUGUGCGAGCAGGCGACGAACAAAAUGGCAAUCAAAGUGGAAAUGUUAGGUCAGACCGUGGCAUUAGUAAUGCUCAACCACGAAGGCCUAAUCGGAGUAAUAGAAAUAGGAAUAGCGUAAUGGUUAAUAACGAGAGGAGGUACGAUCCUCCGCAACCACCAGAUUUACCGAGGGGCUAUGAAAUGAGAAAAACACAGCAAGGUCAAGUAUACUUUUAUCAUGUACCAACUGGCUCGUCUACUUGGCAUGAUCCUAGAAUACCUCGCGAUCUACCAGCGAAUGAAUUGGCAAAUGAACUUGGACCACUACCGAGCGGGUGGGAAAUGCGACAAACCCAAAGCGGUCGUGUUUAUUUUGUGGAUCACAACAACAGAACUACACAAUUUACUGAUCCUAGAUUAUCAAGUCAGAUCAUAACUAAUUUAUUAAAUAGGCGACAAAAUAGUACAACUAAUCAAACUACGAGUAGUUCAAACAAUUCAACUACAACUGUAAGUGAACCUGCAGAAGCAGACACACCUGCAUCGCCAAGUAUUCAAUGCAAUAUAGUUCAACAAAGGCCAAGAAUAGAAAAUGGAAGUAAUAACAAUUCCCCAACGUUGGAAAAUACAUCACCUCAGAGUGCUCAAACUGUAUCGGAAUUGCCCAAGGAACUAAUGGACAAUGAACUUCUGCCGAAAUAUAAGCGGGAUUUAGUGGCAAAAUUGAAGUGUUUAAGAGCAGAAUUGAAUGCUCUUCAGCCUCAAAGUGGACAUUGUAGGCUUGAAGUAUCAAGGAAUGAAAUAUUUGAAGAGUCAUACAGAUUAAUUAUGAAAAUGCGGCCAAAAGAUAUGCGUAAAAGACUUAUGGUAAAAUUCCGCGGCGAAGAAGGUCUCGAUUAUGGUGGAGUAGCACGGGAAUGGUUAUAUUUAUUGUCGCACGAAAUGUUAAAUCCACAAUAUGGACUUUUCCAAUAUUCGAGAGACGAUAAUUAUACACUUCAAAUCAACCCAGAUUCGGGAAUAAAUCCAGAACAUUUGUCGUACUUCCAUUUUGCUGGCAGGAUAAUAGGAAUUGCUGUUUUUCAUGGUCAUCACAUAGAUGGUGGUUUUACAACCCCAUUUUAUAAAAUGUUGCUUAAUAAAGCAAUUACUCUUACUGAUAUAGAAGGAGUUGAUCCAGAAUUACAUAGAAGUCUCACGUGGAUGUUAGAGAAUAGUAUAGAUGGAGUAUUGGAUGCUACAUUUUCAGUAGAACAUAGUAGUUUCGGAGUGUUGAAAAAUCAUGAACUAAAACCAGGUGGCAAAGACAUUCCUGUAACUGAAGAAAAUAAAAAGGAAUACGUCCGAUUAUACGUAAACUAUCGCUUUAUGCGAGGAAUUGAGCAACAGUUCCUGGCACUACAAAAAGGAUUCCACGAACUAAUUCCACCUCAGUUACUAAGACCAUUUGAUGAAAGAGAGUUAGAAUUGGUUAUCGGUGGGUUAGGAACUAUUGAUAUCAACGAUUGGAAAAUGCAUACACGACUAAAACAUUGUACACCUGAUACACCAGUAGUAAAAUGGUUUUGGCAAAUAGUGGAAUCUUACGGGGAAGAAAUGAGAGCUCGAUUACUUCAGUUUGUUACUGGAAGUUCCCGAGUUCCCUUGCAAGGUUUCAAAGCUUUACAAGGAUCAACAGGAGCUGCGGGUCCACGUCUAUUUACAAUUCAUGCUGUUGAUGCACCGUCUGAAAAUUUACCAAAAGCGCAUACCUGUUUCAAUAGAAUAGAUAUUCCAGAAAGUUAUCCAAGUUAUCAAAAGAUGCUUGAUAAACUUACACAAGCAGUUGAAGAAACUUGUGGUUUCGCUGUUGAAUAAUAGGAAAUAUUCAUCGACAGAUUUUACUGUCGUUAAAUUAAAAAUUAACUUUUGAAAUACCAAGAGAUGUUAU